AUGAUCCACAUAUAAUAGCACAGAGGAUACUCAAAUAGCCUUACAACUCUAGAGAACUUGCUUUAAAUCCCCACAUAAUAGUAACCAUUUGAAUAAAACAAAUUUUUUGGAAGAAGAAGUAGCAACCGAAGCUAAUUUAAAAUAGCUGAAUAAACUUUCCAUACUAAUAAUCCCUAAACUAAUAAGAGUACUACUUUCAAGCCACAUGGCUAUAUUAAUUUUAAGGCCAAAAUAUCACCAGAAGAGAAGGAAGUAUAAAAAAUUACAAAACUUUAAAAAAUAAUGCUUCCUGAGAUCAAUAGGAAGUAACAAAUCACAUCUACUGAUACCAGGAAUUCUGGGUUAAAAUAGAUAGAGAGCAAGAAUUAGGAACAAAAUAUAAGAUAUAAAUAGAUUGAUAACUCCACUAUAUUAGCAGUGACUUCGGAAAAAAAGUAGAGUUUAUAAAAGCAUAAUAAUACUAGAGUAAAUCCUGAUUUGCUUUUCAGAUAGUUGAAAACAUCUAGAAAAUAUUAGACUGAUGAUCUUAAGCACUAUACAAAGCUGCAACUUGAAACUGUAACACUCUCUGCGAUUAUGUGUGAGAAAAAAUACUCAAGCAACCAGAUUUCAUCUCAUAAUUAAAAAAACUAAAGUACAUAGCUUGAUUCUAAGUUCCUUGGUAGUAUACAAUCAGCGAGCUUUGAAAAUCAGUCAUCUUUAAGUGUUUGUUCUACGAUAUGUAUGGAUUAAAUAUAAAUCGAAUAAGCUUAUGCUUUCCAUGAUCUCAAUAUGUAAAAUCGUGCUAAGAUGCUAGAUUGGAUGAUCUAAGUAUUUAGAGUUCUAAAUAAAAAUUUACUCAAGACAUAUAUUCUAGCCUCCUAAAUAAUGGAUAGAUAUUUUAUAAUGAAGUACUAGAAGAGAAUCAAAGUGCCAAAAUAUGAUUUGCAUAUUGUUGGGCUUAUUGCUAUAUUUCUUAGCUCAAAGUAUGAAGAUGUUCAUCCGAUUUCUAUGGAAUAGAUUUUGUUCGAGGCUGCUCACGGUAAAUUUGAUAAACAAGAUAUAAUUGAGAGAGAGCUUGAUGUAUUAUAAACUUUAGACUUCAAGCUCCAUUACACAAACUUUUAUGAGGAAGCUGUUCAAAAGUUUAAAAUAAUUACAGCUGCAACAGAUUAAUCAAAGCAUACACAAAUCUCAAAGUUGAUUGAGGAGGAAAUUCUGAAGUAUAUGCAAUUCUUUUGCUACCUAAUUAUCUAGGAGCCAGAGAUUCUUAUCAAUGAUAUUUCAGAUUUAAGCACUGCAAUACUCCUGUUAGCGAUUAGAAUUUCUAUAUAAAAAAAUAGAUAGAAAAUAUUCGAACAGUAAAAGUCAAAAUCAAACUUUUCAGAAGAUUUGGAGAUCUAUUUAACAACUUAAUAAAUCAAUGAAUGCAUAAAUCAAAAAGCAUUAGUUUCCACAUUAACUAAUGAAACUUAAACUUAGAUGACAUAGUUGAUCCAGCACAUUAUUAAAUAAAAUUUAACAUACUAAAAAAGAAAUCCUAAUUUAAAGAAUUUAUAGAGGAGCUUUCCGAAAUACAUUUCUGAAUCACAUCUGCAUUUGAUAAGUAAUUGCAGUGAUAACAUAAUGAAUUGA